GUCUGAGCGCGUAAACACGCACACGGCCAGCCCCCUCUCCCCUUGCGCACCUACAAACGCACCGACACGCGCAGUUACGCACAAACACUUUUUGUCGGACCAGGGAGGAGAGAAGCGAAAGAGAGGAAGACUGAGCUCCAACUUGUCUCUGUCUGGUUCUUGCCUCCACCAAUGCGCGGAUUUUAUCCUUCCUCCUGCAGACAGGACCGGGAAGCCAUCAGCUGGACCAGACUGGAGUAUGUAAAGUGAUUCUGUUCGGCGAAGUGCAGCAGAACCAGAACAGAAAGAGGAGAAGAGAUGGAUGAACGGAGUUAUUGUCGCGCUUUGCCGACAGCUUUUCUCUGCGUGGUACUUUUGGGAUUUACUGAAGCGCAGUUCUUCCCAGGUGGCUGCACUUUUGAGGAGUCUUACAGCAGCUGUGGGUACAGCGUGUCUUUAGGGACCAACGGAUUUACUUGGGAACAGGUCAACUCCUGGGAAAAACCCACCAUGGACCCUGCACUUCCCACUGGCUCGUUUAUGGUAGUGAAUGCAUCGGGCCGUGCGUCAGGACAGAAGGCUCACCUGUACAUGCCCACCCUGAAGGAGAACGACACCCACUGCAUCGACUUCCUGUACUCUCUGUCCAGUCGUGACGGGGCAAGCCCGGGAACCUUAAACGUCUACAUCAAGGUGAAUGGAGGCGCUCAAGGUAACCCGGUGUGGAACGCCUCGGAUACCGUCACCGAAGGCUGGGUCAAGGCUGAACUCGCCAUUUCCACAUUCUGGCCCAACUCCUACCAGGUAAUAUUCGAGGCGGUUUCGGUCCAAGGCCACCCAGGUUUCAUCGCCAUCGAUGACAUACGAGUUCUCGCUCAUCCUUGCCGUAAAGCUCCUCAUUUCCUGCGGCUGCAGAAUGUGGAGGUGAACGUGGGACAAAAUGCCACCUUCCAGUGCACUGCUGGAGGGAAAUGGUCUCAGCAUGAUAAACUCUGGCUGCAGCAGUGGAACGGUAAAGACACGGCGCUGAUGGUGACCAGGGUGGUCAACCACCGCCGCUUCUCUGCGACGGUGAGCGUCGGUGACACGUCGCAGCGUAGCACCAGCCGCUACCGCUGCGUCAUCCGAUCUGAUGGCGGAUCCGGAGUUUCCAACUACGCCGACUUGAUUGUCAAAGCCCCGCCCACUCCCAUCGCUCCCCCUGAACUCCUCGCCGUUGGCGCCACCUACCUGUGGAUCAAACCCAAUGCCAACAGCAUCAUCGGAGAUGGGCCGAUCAUCCUGAAGGAGGUGGAGUACCGCACCACUACAGGAAACUGGGCUGAGACCCACGUGGUUGACGCCCCCACCUACAAGUUAUGGCAUCUGGACCCAGAUGUGGAGUAUGAGAUCAAGGUUCUGCUGUCCAGACCGGGUGAAGGGGGGACUGGGCCGCCGGGGCCGCCGCUGAUAACCAGGACCAAAUGUGCAGAUCCCGUCCACGGACCUCAGAACGUCAACGUGGUGGACGUCCGCGCCCGCCAGCUGACCAUCCAGUGGGAAACGUUUGGAUACGCCGUAACACGAUGCCACAGCUACAAUCUGACGGUUCAGUACCAGUAUGUGUUCAAUCAGCAAGAGUUUGCAGCUGAGGAGUUGAUCCAGACGUCGUCUCAUUACACGCUGAGGGGACUGAGGCCCUUCGUCACGGUCAGGCUGCGCCUCGUUCUGGCCAACCCCGAGGGCAGCAAAGAGAGCGAGGAGAUCGUCAAACAGACGGAGGAGGACGUGCCUGGGUCGGUGCCGAUGGAGUCGCUGCAGAAUACUCCAUAUGAAGAGAAGAUCUUCAUGCAGUGGAAAGCUCCCAAUGAGACCAACGGGGUCAUCACUCUGUAUGAGAUCACAUACAAGGCCCUGAGCUCCCUGGAUCCCAGUGCUGACCUGACGACCCAGAGGGGACGGGUGUUCAAGCUGAGGAACGAGACCCAUCAUCUGUUUGUCGGCCUUUACCCCGGAACCACCUACUUCUUCACCCUGAAAGCCUCCACCAACAAGGGCUUCGGUCCGCCUGUCACCACCCGCAUAACCACAAAGAUCGCAGCUCCCAUGAUGCCGGAGUAUGAAUCAGAAACGGCUCUGAAUGAGACGGAGACGACCAUCACCAUCCUGCUGAAGCCUGCCCAGUCCAGAGGAGCACCAAUCAGCUCCUACCAGCUUGUUGUGAAGGAAGAGAGGAAGUCUAAAAGUCGGCGUGCCGCCUCUGAAGCUCCAGAGUGCUUUUCUGCCCCGUUCAGCUUCCGCAACGCCUCCAUCCUCAACUCUGCGUACUACAUGGCUGCUGAUCUUCCACCAUCCAGUCUGACGGUGGUUCAGCCAUUCACAGUGGGAGACAACAAGAGCUACGGCGGCUUCUGGAACCCUCCGCUGUCACCGGCCAAGAGCUACAGCAUCUACUUCCAGGCUAUGAGCAGAGCCAAUGGGGAAACCAAAAUCAACUGCGUCCGUCUGGCUCGCAAAGUGGUAAUAGGUAGGGGACAAAUAACAACGCCGUACAUUCUAGUCAUCCCAAGCGAAGGUGCAUCCACCCAGGAUUCAGACGCCAUGGAGCCGGAGAAGCAGGUGGACAGCACGGUGAAAAUGGCUGGCAUGAUCGCAGGGAGUCUCAUGAUCAUCAUCAUCCUCCUCGGAGUCAUCCUGACCUUCAAGCGCAGAGAGAUUCACACAUGGAGAACUCUGAGCGUGGGAAGACAUGCUUAUUCCUACUCUUAUUACCUGAAGUUGGCCAAAAAGCAGAAGGAAACUGCGAGCAGCUCCACCCAGCAGAGGGAGAUGGGUCCGGUCACCACGGCUGAUAAGAGCACCACUAAAGUCAGCACCUUGCACAAAGACGACCCGUUCUCCACGUCCAGCCCAGACCUCAACGGCUUCACCUCCCCCUCUCCCUGCUCCUUCUCUGUGCAGGGAAGCAAAACGCUGCAGAGCAAAUCCUUGCUGAAUUCCUACUACUCAGUAUCCAAAGAGCCUGUUCCAGCUACAACUUCAAUAGAUGGAAGCCAGCCGUCUCUUGCCCAGCCAUCCCUGACAUUACAGAGUUUUCCUUACGGAGGCUGUGAGUCUGUGGAGCUCUCCUACCAGAGCGGUCAGUUCCAGGCGGGCCAGUUUCAGCCAGCUAUUCGAGUUGCAGAUCUCCUGCAGCACAUCACACAGAUGAAAUGUGGACAAGGAUAUGGGUUCAAGGAAGAAUAUGAGGCUCUGGCGGAGGGACAGACAGCACCUUGGGAGACAGCCAAGAAGGACGAGAAUCGCAACAAGAACCGCUAUGGCAACAUCAUCGCAUAUCCCACAGACGAUCACACCAGAGUCCGACUGCAGCUGCUGGAUGGAGACCCCCACUCCGACUACAUCAACGCCAACUAUAUUGAUGGCUAUCACAGACCCAGACAUUACAUCGCAACACAAGGACCCAUGCAGGAAACGGUGAGGGAUUUCUGGAGGAUGGUUUGGCAGGAAAACUCGGCCUCUAUCGUCAUGGUUACAAAUCUGGUGGAGGUGGGAAGGGUGAAAUGUGUCCGUUACUGGCCUGAUGAAACAGAGGUUUAUGGAGACAUCAAGGUGACCCUGAUAGAAACUGAGCCUCUGGCUGAAUACGUCAUCCGGACAUUCACUGUCCAAAAGAAGGGCCACCACGAGAUCCGUGAACUUCGUCAAUUUCACUUCACCAGCUGGCCGGAUCACGGCGUUCCCUGUUACGCCACGGGACUGCUGGGCUUCAUACGGCAGGUCAAGUUCCUCAAUCCACCGGACGCGGGGCCCAUAGCGGUACACUGCAGUGCUGGUGCAGGGAGGACAGGUUGCUUCAUCGCUGUGGACAUCAUGCUGGACAUGGCAGAGAAUGAAGGAGUGGUGGACAUUUUCAACUGCAUCCGUGAACUGAGAUCCCAACGGGUCAACAUGGUCCAGACAGAGGAGCAGUAUGUGUUUGUUCAUGACGCCAUCUUGGAAGCAUGUCUAUGUGGGAACACAGCGAUUCCAGUGUGCGAGUUCAGAGCGGUUUACUACAAUAUCAGCAGACUGGAUCCACAGACCAACUCCAGCCAGAUUAAAGAUGAGUUCCAGACGCUGAAUAUAGUGACACCUAGAGUUCGUCCAGAAGACUGCAGCGUGGGCUUACUGCCCCGGAACCAUGAUAAGAACCGCAGUAUGGACGUUCUGUCUGCUGACAGAUGUCUGCCUUUUCUCAUAUCUGUUGAUGGAGAGAGCUCCAACUACAUCAACGCUGCAUUAAUGGAUAGCCACAAACAGCCAGCAGCCUUCAUUGUUACCCAGCAUCCUUUGCCAAACACCAUGGGGGACUUCUGGCGGCUGGUGUUUGACUACAACUGCUCCUCCAUUGUCAUGCUGAAUGAGAUGGAUGCAGCACAGUUAUGUAUGCAGUACUGGCCGGAGAAGAACUCAUGCUGUUACGGCCCGAUUCAAGUGGAGUUCAUAUCAGCGGACAUCGAUGAAGACAUCAUCAACCGAAUCUUCAGGAUCUGCAACAUGGCCCGGCCUCAGGACGGUUACCGCCUGGUGCAGCACUUUCAGUUCAUUGGCUGGCCGGCCUACAGGGACACGCCUCUUUCUAAGCGCUCCAUCCUCCAGUUGGUCAGGAGGUUGGCCAAGUGGCAGGAGCAGUACGACGGAGGAGACGGGAGGACUGUGGUGCACUGCCUCACUGGUGGAGGACGAUCUGGAACGUUUUGUGCCAUCUGCAGCAUCAAUGAGAUGAUCCAGCAGCAGAACAUUGUGGAUGUUUUCCACACAGUCAAGACACUGAGGAACAACAAGACAAACAUGGUGGAGACGAUGGAACAGUACAAGUUCUGCUAUGAAGUGGCUUUAGAGGCUCUGAACUCCUUCUGAUCCGCUGCAGACGCCUCCCGUUUUUCUCAAAGCUACACUGAGACACACAGAGUGAAAAACAGCCUCCUGUUGAUCUGAACUCAACCUGGGAGAGUGUGUGUGUAUGCGUGUGUGUGUGUGUGUGUGUGUGUGCAUCCUUUUGGUGCGCCUGUGACCUGUACAGAGGAUGGGGGGAAAGCCGCCAACAAACACACUCAUUGUUUUGUGAAUGCAUUUGCUUCAGCAAAACAAUGGACUUUACAUGCUUGUAUAAAGAGAAAUUAUGUUAAAAAAUUGAGAUGUUUAAAAAAAAAAGCAAAUUUUUUUCCCUUUGUUUUCUUUCUCUUUCCUCUCUGCCAGGCUGUGAUGUGACUAAUGUACAGUAUUUCCUUUUUAGAUAUAUUCUACGCCUUGAAUGUUGUCUCCCUCUGAAGGCUCGAAGCACACUGGAAGAUUUCACAGAAUGAAAGUCAGGUUAAAAUAAAAGAAAUACAAUUUUUUAUAGCACAUUUGCUCUUUGACUAAAACAAACUGUUACUAAUGCAACAAAAUUAGGUUUACCAGGUCAGAAUACAAAAACUGCAGGACAUGGAUCAACAUGUCCUACCUUUGAAGGCCAAAGCAACUCUGAACUUUUUCUCUGUCUGGCUCUGUACAAUGAUGAAAAGUGAGUCUUCCAGUGUGCAUCCUCUCUUUCUGUAAAUAAGAUAAGGCAACCACAGUCAAACAAACAAACACCACAACAAAAUUAUUUCACUGCAGCUCUGAAAAGCUGUUUGUCAUUUUCAUUCAUUUAUAAUUUGGUGCGUUUUCUUUCUACAGCCUGUACAUGUGUGAAAAUAAGAUUUUUUUAUAUUUUGCAUUUUGCUUUUUCAGCUGCUGGAACAGGAUCCGGGUGCUUGAUUGUUGCGUUAAAAAAAGUAUCUUUUUUGGAAAGAAUUUUGCGUCCGUCCAACUGUUGGUGAUGCAUUUGCAUGUGUGACACUUUGAGCUCAGUUGAGCAGCAUUAGCCUGUGGAAAGGUGUAAAUAUGGAGAGAGGAAACCUUUUUCGCACUAUUUUUGCAAUGAAAGAUGGAUUUGAUCCAUUUAAGAUACGUGCUCACCAAAUCGGAUCAGAAAGAAAUUUACUCUGUUAAGUGUCCUUGAUUUCCGUCCAAUUAUUAAGCCAUGCUCUAAGGUUUUAGAGGUGAAGUUUCAGUUUCAACCCUCCACUUUCUAAUCAUCUAAAUUACAAAGAUAUGGUUCACAUUUAUUUUUACUCUGCAAAAAGGAGAGCAGGUUUAAAAAAAUCUGACUUUAUUGGGUAGAAAAUUAUUUCAGCCUAUAAACAGAGAGGCUACAAGAGAACCUCUUUUAAUCUCAAGAGAAUUUUCCAGGUGGUAGAGACCGUAGGUAUCUGUUCCCUCCCAUUUAGUCGGGGGAUAGAGAAAAUACACCCUGUUGGCGUUAUCAGACGUUACAUACCAGGACACAAUAAAAAUGAUCUUGUCUUUACCAGGUUCUAAGAUGAUUCAAAUGUGUACAAAACAUGCAGUAGUCAACCAGCUGCUAAAUGGGGAAAGCAGCAUCACGUCUAAUGCGCUAAUAACAAAAUAAUAUUUCCUCAAGCAUUUUAGCUAACUAUGAAAACAUUUAGUGCACUUAAAUUUUUCUGGAUAAAUUUUAAAGCUAAUUUAGUUGCCAACCUUCAGUUGAAUAAAGUGUGGAUUAUCGACUGUUACAAAUUCUUCAGGUUGAUAGAUGUUUAUAUUCUUGCUCUCAUUUUGAAGUGAGCUAAGACUGUUGAUGUUACAGACAGUUUGCUUUUUUCUCCCCACAUUCUUUCCCCCUCUAAUAACUAUUUCAAACAAGAAAGAUGCAAAAGAAAGGACAAAUAAAGUAAUAAAUAUUAAUCUAAGGGCAUUAAACAACAUGCAAAUUAUGAAAACAUUAAAUUUGUGCUCAGGAAUUGUAAUCCUUCCAGAGCAUAUACAAAUCUAAUUGACGUUAGCACAACUAACAUUUUAGCUACUGUAGUUUUGUUACUUAAAAAGCACACAUUUUCAGUCUGAAAGCAGGAUUACAUGUCUUUUGUUCUCAAAACUUUUAAUACUUUUGCUUAGGUUUUCCUUUGAAAGCAGGACUUCAUGUCUUUCUUAAAACUUGUAAUGUUUACCCAAACCUUUCUCCUCGCAGAACUCUGCUCGUUUAAGAAACUUUCUCUGCUUGACUUUGGAAUAACACAGGGUGUGUUUGUUUCCUUCUAGCGGAAACAAACGGUACAACACUUUCAUUCUAUUGGCUGAGAGGUUGCCAGGUGACUGUGCCAAAAGGCAGUUUCAUGUUUUGUAAGCGAGCAGAAACUAAUUGUGAGCGCGAGUUUUGAGUACAAGUGUUACGAGUUUUGAAACGAAAGACAUGAAGUUCUGCUUUCAAAAUAUAAUAAGUAAGCAAAAAUAUGAAGUUUUUAGAACAGAAGACGUAAAGUUCUGCUUCGGGACUGAAAAUGUGUGCUCUUGAAUUAUGGCAGAAAAAUGAACCCAUAUGACAGCAGUGAAAGACUUGAUCAACUUGAUUUAAAAAAAAAAAAUCCUCGCCGAAACAAAAGUCUGCAAACAUAAUUAAAUAUAAGCAUCUUUGUAAGGAAGAAUAGCUGAGAAUUUCCUUCCUAACAGUCUGUGUGAUCACUGAAAUUAUUGGAUCUAUGUAUAAUUUCUUCAUCUAUCCAUCCAUCCAUUUUCUUACACCCUUCUUCCCUAAUGGGGUCGGGAGGGUUGCUGGUUCCUCUCCAGCUGCGUCCCGGGCGAGAGGCGGGGGUCACCCUGGACAGGUCGCCAGUCUGUCACAGGGCAACACAGAGACAAACAACCAUGCACACACACUCACACCUAGGGAGAAUUUAGAGAAACCAAUUAACCUGACAGUCAUGUUUUUGGACUGUGGGAGGAAGCCGGAGAACCCAGAGAGAACCCACCAUGCACAGGGAGAACAUGCAAACUCCAUGCAGAAAGACCCCGGGCUGGGAAUCGAACCCAGGACCUUCUUGCUGCAAGGCAACAGCUCUACCAACUGCGCCACUGUGCAGCCCUCAUAAUUUCUUCAUUUUGGCAUAUUUGUUUUAAUAAUUGUGGAGGUUUUGGGGCAUUUUUAUACACUUGAGUUCCGAUUCCAAUUGUUUUGGAAUAGCAUGUAGACUGUAUUUGUUUUUCUUGUUUCCUGAAAUCUAAAACAUUAACACUGAAACAGGGAUUUUCCUCCAAACCUAACUUUACCUUAAGCCUUUUAGAACCAGAAAGUAUAAUUCAUUCCUGUGUUGGUUAUUUUAUACAGAAAUUUCUCAUAAUUGAAUGAUUUGAUCAACAAAAAUAUGUUCAUAAUCAAAAAGCAGCAAGACUCACUCAGUAAAACAUGUAUAAAAGAAUAUGACAGUCUUUGUUUACGUUCCCUUCUUGCCCUGAGCUCGAGUCCAUUUGGACUUUUUAUGGACCUAUUGAGACAGACUAUAACAGUUCUAUACUGAAGACAGCAUGAAUGACAGAAAUCUUUACCCAUUUUUCAUUUUUACAGAGGCUUUAUUUUACUUUAUGUGCUUGAUUCAUGGCUCUUGUACUAUAUUUUAUUUCUGAUCCAUUCAUUGUGAGGUUUUGUCCUGAAUUUGUACAUUUCUUUUGUAAAAUUCUUACUCUGAUGAUUAUUUGUCAAGCAAAGUGCUGUUUAGACCUGGUGAUGCCAUUUUCAUUGGUUGUUUAGUUGUUUGAAAUGUGGUUAACAGUAAAUAAAGGGACCAAAAC